AUGUCUGCCGGAGCCCCCCCACCACCAACUAUCACGGUAAACGCACCGGCCGCAGCGGCCGCCCCGGCACCAACGCCCGCGAUAUCCUCUCAAGCCCCCGUGCCCCCAGCCUCCACCUCCCCCGUAACAGAGCGCCCGAAGAAACCCACGCUCGUGCAGUCCUGCUACCUGUGCGACGAGCAGAACCCAGGCGACUUCAGCCCGACAACGAAAUACCUCGAGACGUGCCUGCUGUGCUCGCGCCAUUUCUGCCCCAUCCACAAGUCCGAGCAGUGGGACUCGGUCUGCAACAUCAAUCAUUCGCAGUACUACAAGCAGUGCCUCGCAAAGGCGCGCGCCGAGCUGCAGUCCCAGGGCACAGACGUCAACCAGGCGGGCAACCGCAGCGUUGCCGAGAUGUUGAUCAACGAGGGCAUUUAUCCCAGUCUGGGCGAGCGGGAGAAGGCCAUUUUCUCGACGAGUCCGGUCGAUACCAAAACGGUCCAAGAACUCGAGACAUACCGCAGCCUCGAUGCUGCGCUGACGGGAUCCAGCACCAAGGCGAGAAACCAGCUGAUUGAAGAGCGGGAUGUUUUGGACGCUGACAUUGCGGUUUGA